GAAACGAAAUGUAACUUUGAUCUGUAAUAUGAGGAGAGAGCACUGGUUUGCACUCACAGUUUCUUUAUGCAAUUUGUACAAGGGUAAAAAUCCCAUAUUGUAUGUAUUUUAUAAGUAUCUUGUUCUGGUACAUCUCUGCUUUGCUUAUGUACGCUAAAUAUAUUUGUUUCUCGUCAAACUGCAUGUAUCUUCAAACCUUUCUUUCUUAAUGAAUAGCAGCUAUGUAGCAAGUAUGACCUGUGACCCUGUAAUUUAUUACAACACAUGUAUUCUUCUUCUUCUUCUUAUUGUUAUUAUUAUCUUUUUUACACACAGCUUUUGGAGGUGGCAUUAGUGCCAAAUACUGUGAGGUGGCUUUGGUUUUGUUUAGCGUAUAUUCAUACAAUAAUACUUUUUCUUUUCAUUUACUAAUGAACGUGGUCAUUUUCGUGAUGUUUUUUUUUAGGAUAUGUUAAAGUCCAUAAUUGCUCUCAGCUGCCUGUGUUAUUUUCAGUCAAUGCUGGGGGCAGGGAUGGAUUCCCUACAACACGCACCAUGUGUCCAUGUCCUGACUGACAACACACACGUGUCAUGCAUGUUGCAUACCUCUAUUAUAGUUGAAUGUAAUCUGAAUCCUGAUAACUUUGAUGCUUUUCACCUUUCACCAGUUGUUUUUCUGUGUGUGUAAUUUACCUUUAGCCUCUAUCAAGUGACCAGCUCGUCUUCUUCAGCUGCAUAUAAACUAGCGCUGGAAUGUGGGAACGCACAGUCAGGCAGCGCAGACUGUUGUUCUCACUCUUUACACAGGCUGCUCAGUCACUCCACAGAGGUCACACACCUUCAUACAAGACGUUUCCUGCAGACACAGAUUCAGUCAUGUCGAAGUCAAAGGAUAUGAGCUCUUCCAUCAUUCACACCCAGCAGAUGCAUGCUGCCAUGGCGGACACUAUGCUUGAGCACAUGUGCCUGCUGGACAUCGACUCUGAACCCGCUGUGUCUCGUAACACCGGCAUCAUCUGCACAAUCGGACCUGCCUCCAGAUCUGUGGCAAUGGCCAAGGAAAUGAUCAAGGCUGGGAUGAACAUUGCAAGAAUGAACUUCUCUCACGGCACCCACGAGUACCAUGCUGAAACCAUCAAGAAUAUCCGUGAGGCAGCGGAGAGCUUCGGACCCGGAUCGGCAGACUACAGACCAGUGGCCAUCGCUCUGGACACCAAGGGACCAGAAAUCAGGACUGGACUUAUCAAGGGCAGUGGCACUGCUGAGGUUGAGCUCAAGAAGGAUGAAACCAUCAAGCUCACACUCGACAACAAUUUCAUGGAGAAUUGUGACGAGAAAGUUCUGUGGCUCGACUACAAGAACAUCACCAAGGUUGUGCAGAUUGGAAGCCACAUCUACAUUGACGACGGUCUGAUUUCCCUCGUGGUUAAAGAAGUUGGCAACGACUACCUGAUGUGUAACAUUGAGAACGGUGGAGUGCUGGGCAGCAAGAAGGGCGUCAACCUGCCCGGAGCUGCCGUUGACCUGCCCGCUGUGUCUGAGAAAGACGUUCAGGACCUGGAGUUCGGCGUCCAGCAGGGUGUCGACAUGGUUUUCGCUUCCUUCAUCCGCAAGGCUGCUGACGUCCAGGCUGUGAAGAAGGUGCUGGGCGAGAAGGGCAAGGACAUCAAGAUCAUCAGCAAGCUGGAGAACCACGAGGGAGUGCGCAGAUUCGAUGAGAUCCUGGAGGUUAGUGAUGGCAUCAUGGUUGCUCGUGGAGACCUGGGCAUUGAAAUCCCAACAGAGAAGGUCUUCAUCGCGCAGAAGAUGAUGACUGGCAGGUGCAUGAGGGUCGGCAAGCCCAUCAUAUGUGCAACACAGAUGCUGGAGAGCAUGACCAAGAAACCCCGCCCUACUCGCGCCGAGGCAAGCGAUGUCGCCAACGCCGUGAUGGACGGCAACGACUGCAUCAUGCUGAGUGGUGAGACCGCCAAGGGAGACUAUCCCCUGGAGGCCGUGCGCACACAGCACAUGAUUGCCCGUGAAGCCGAGGCCGCCAUGUACCACAGGCAAAUGUUCGAGGAGCUGCGUCGCACCACCCAUCUGACCCGUGACCCCACGGAGACCACCGCUAUCGGUGCCGUGGAAGCUUCCUUCAAGUGCUGCGCCAGCGCCAUCAUCGUGCUCACCAAGUCUGGCAGGUCUGCUCACAUGCUGUCGAGGUACAGGCCCCGGGCCCCCAUCAUCGCUGUGACUCGCUGUGCCCAGACCGCCCACCAGGCCCACCUGUACCGCGGUAUCUACCCUGUGCUCUACACCAAACCUGCCAAUGAUGUCUGGGCCGAGGACGUUGACCUGCGUGUGAACUUUGCCCUGGAAGUUGGCAAGCACCGCAAAUUCUUCAAGUCUGGAGAUGUUGCCAUUGUUGUGACUGGCUGGCGCCCAGGUGCCGGUUACACCAACACGAUGAGAGUUGUGCUGGUGCCUUGAACUUCAUCAGAGGACAUUAGUCACCGCUCCCCCGCCCCUCUCCUGUAACCCGUAACCUGCCUCCCCGUUUUGGACUUUUCUUUUCUCUCGGUCUCCAUCACCAACAGAAAAUCAAAACCAGGCCGCUCCUUCAAAUGACUUUUGAAGGUGUCGUUCACAGACAGCGACUCCUUGUUUCCUGUAUCCAUGUGUGACAGUUAUUGUCUGAGUCCGGCUGCCAGUGACGGAGCUCAAACCCUUUCAACGGAAACUCUUCUGUCGUGUCUGUGCCGAUGCUGUUUGGUGAACAGAGUGGAAAUCACUGUUUCUCUGCAUUCACUGUAAAGUACAUAUUUAGUCAUGUCCUUGUUUUUUGGUUCUUUAUAUAUCAAGGGAUAAACAUAAGUAUGUACCGCCAUUGCCUUUUACUGUAUUUCAUGCUGAACUGACAGCUGGACAAAGUCAUCCAGUGGGUUUCUCUCCAUUAAAAGGAAUUAUGAGGUCAA